CUUGCCCACUCUGUAACAAUUUGACAACAUGAUUGAAGUGAUUCACUAAAUAUUCCCAUUCAUUACCUUUUCCGUUCUGCAGCAUUGAGCUCAUGAAGACCAGAGGAGUAGAGGUCUCAGUGAAAGCAAAGUAUGGAGAGAGAGAUUAUCAGGAGUCUGAUUCGAGUUCUUCAGAGACUGAGGACGAAGACGCAAAGGAACUUACAGCUCAAAAGGAGAAGGAUUUUCUCAAAGUUUUGUCAUUAUUGAAGAAAAAAGAUCCAAAAAUAUAUGACAAGGGUGUCACUUUUUACCAUCAAGAAAGUUCAUCAGAAGAAGAUGAAGGUGAAAAAGAGGAGAAACCAAAGAAACCAGUCUUUCUAAAAGAUUAUGAAAGAGAAAGACUUCUUGAAAAAGGGAGCAAGGCAUUCAUUAGUGAUGACGAGAGCAAUGGAGAGAGUGAUGAUGCAAGUGAGGAAAAGGGUGUCAAGGAUCUGACUUACAGUGAAGAACAGAAGGCACUCAAAGACCGUUUGAAAGCAGCUAUUACAGAAAGUGAUGAAGAAGAUGGAGGUUUUCUAAGUUUGAGGCAAAAAUCAAAGGAAGAAAAGCAAAAAGAAGAAAGUGAUUAUAAGGAGUGGUUAAAAGGGGUCAAGAAUGGCUCCUCCAGUCAUGAUACUGAUUUGGAAACUCUUCAGCAGUUUUGGAGCAAUCCAUCCCUUGAUCAAGAUGAACAGUUCCUUAGGAACUACAUACUAGGAAAAGGAUAUAUUGAUAAAGAUGUGUCAAGGAUACCAACUUAUAAUGAGAUUGUGGAUGACGAAAAAGAAGAUGAAGAGGAAUUAGAGAAGCAAGAAGAAUUUGAAAGAAAAUUUAAUUUCAGAUUUGAAGAACCUGAUGCAGAAUUUGUAAAAACAUAUCCAAGGACAGUAAAUGCAUCUGUAAGACAAAAGGACGACAAGAGAAUAGAAGCGAGAAAGAAACGAGAAGAACGAAAGAAAAAGGAAAAAGAACAAAAGAGAGAGGAGCUUAAGAGACUAAAGAAUCUCAAAAGAAAAGAGAUACAGGAAAAGCUUGAAAAACUCAAAGAAAUCACAGGGAACCCAAAUGUAGGAUUUACUGAGGAUGACGUGGACGAUGACUUUGACCCCAAGAAAUAUGACUCUAUAAUGGAAAAAGUAUUCAAUGAAGGUUAUUAUGAGGAUGAAGAAGGAGAAAAACCAACAUUUGACGAUGGACUGGACUUGGAAGAAGAGGAAAAUUGGGAUGAGUGGGUGGGGCCGUCACAAGAUGGUAACUAUGACAAUGAGGAAUACAAUGACUACAACGAAAACCAUAAUGAUGAUUAUUAUGAUGAUUGCAAUUUUAACAUGGAUGCUGAUUACGACCCCAGCAUGGAAACACAGCAACCAAAAAGGAACCGAAAAAAUCCAUCCUCCAAAUUAACUCGGGCUUUGAAUCAAAAGAAACCGCUCUUCGACCCAAACGAGAAGACAUUCGAGGAGUAUUUUGACGAGUAUUAUAAACUAGAUUACGAAGAUAUCAUCAGUGAUCUACCCUGUCGGUUUAAGUACAGAAAUGUCUUACCCAACGAUUAUGGGCUAUCUACAGAAGAGGUGUUGUCUCGUCCUGAGAGGGAGUUAAACCAGUGGGUGUCUGUCAAGAAGAUGUCACAGUACAGAACCGAUGAAGAAGAACGUCGUGACAUUAAAAAGUUUCUUAAGUUUUCCCGAGAUGAACGACGAAAACAAAGGAUAUUUUCUUCCACCGCGACUGCAUCAGAGAUCUCAACACCAGAAACAAAACAAAGUACGAUACARAAAGACCCAACAGAACAGAAAACUAACUUCACAAUAACAAAACAAGAAAGAAAGAUACCGAUAGAAAAACAAAUAACGAAUGAUACAAAACCACAACAAAAACAAGAGACUAAAACAGAAAGAAAAGAAAAAGGAAAAAUGUCACAACUGAAAAGAAUGGGAUGGAAGAGACGGCUAACGCCAAAAGAAGCUAAAGAUCAAGCGCAAAAGAAGAAACUUGCUCGUCAAUUCAAAGGAGCGAAACGAGAACAGUUGGCUGGUCUUACUGUGGAUCGACUGGCCGCGUAUGGACUGAGGAAGAAGAGGAAAGUUGCAGACUAAUAUUAACCACAAUUUGAUUAUUAAUGAAUAAUUCUAUGUUCGCCAUUUUCAUAUUCCAUAAUACUUUACAUUGUGGGAGUUAACCGAUCAAAAACUGGCAUAAGAUUAAAGAUUCAUUCAUCGAAUGUACGCUA